AUGGGGACACCUCUUCUGUCUCCGAGUAGCUCGCUUCUCUCGAAGCGUCAGCGGGAGGCAGCGACCGAGAGUUCCCGAGCGGGGGCGACAGUCGAGACCGCCCGAGCGGCAGAAGGCCAGGAUAAUGUUUCCCAGGCAAGCGUCCCUGGAGUGGCGACGUCUGGGUCUAGAGCCGUGCUGCCCGCCUCUUCUGCCGCAUCGGGGGCAGUUCCAGCGACUUCGAAGGACGCCCCUCCGCAAUCUGUCGUGAGCCCACAGGCGGGAGUUCCAGCGACUUCCGUGUCCGAAUCAGGAGGUGCGGUUGAGAAGGUGAUCUCCAUUCCUUCUGACGAAGAGGAGGAAGCUGGAGAUGACGAGGGGACCACAGGCUCAGCUGAUCGCGCCCCCAAAAUUGCUGGCAAGGAGGAUCCUCUUUCUUGGGCGGGUCGCUCGUCUGGGGAGAUGAGUGAAUCUGAGGGGGACGACGACGUCUCGAUUCAUGAGACGUUAUCCAGCGAGGAAGAGGUGUUGGCUCGUGAGGAUGCGCCCAGCCAAAUAGAGGGAUCUCCUGCUCCUACGGAAGCGUCGGUUAGGGAUCUUCCAUCAGCGCAAGAGUCUCCGCUUCAAAGGGAGACUUCUACUCCGCAAGUGACCACUUCUUUGUCGGCGGCGGCCGUUGAUGCUGUGACCACUGCUCCGAGGGCGUCAUUGGUCACGCCAGCUUUGGCGGCGCCAAUCCUUGCUUCUACGGUUAUGACCACAGGCGCUCCAACUGGGAUUUCUUCCAUGGCGGAGGAGGCUGCCCUCUCUCCCUUGGAGCGUGAGCGAAGAAGGAGUGCGGCACGAUCUGUGACUGAUUUCCGAGACACUCUAGCCGGCUGCAUCAAGCUCGCUUUGGAGGAGAGUUGUCCCUUCGAGAAUUUUGAAGAGGAUCUCGACUACAUCGUGAGCUUCUUAAUCAAGAGGCUUGGCCAUACUGCGGCGAAGCCCUACUUCCAGCGUAAGGAGGAAGUGAAGGAAGCUAAUCAACGAUUGCUUGCUCUUCGCGCGAAGAGUUCCACUCUUGUGGAUCUCGAAACUGGCGAAGUCCGAGCAGCGGUGGAAGAACGCGAUCGCCGCCUGAACGAGACCACGUCAUUGGAGGCAAGAUUGUCAGCAGAAUUGGAGCAGGCCAAGGCUGAGGACGAACGAAUGGCCUUCGAGCGACAGAAGGCCGACAAUCGCGUUUCUCGCUUGUCUUCGGAGGUAGAGAAUCUGAAGCAAGUUAUAGCUAAGGCGCAAGCUUCGUUGGCCAUUCAAGAGAAGGCUCGUGAAUAUGCGGUCAAGGAGUUGGAAAGCAUUGAAUCUCGCCAGCAACUGACGGCUAAUUCCGUCGAGGAAAAGGCUCGAGCCUAUAGGGAGGUCAAAGAGACCGUCCAAGACGUAGCCUCACGCACUGAGGAAGACCUUCGCCAGGAGAUUCUGAGGAGGCUAGAGCAACGCCAUGCUAGGGAGAUUCGUGAGGCGGAACUGCGGUUGAAAGCCUUGUAA